AGAGAGGUAGAAGUGGGGAGGUGCGUGAAGAGAGUAUUCCUGUCUUUAAGAUUUACGAGGGGCGAGUUUUUCGACGUUAAAGAUGACGGCGAUAUGACGUUAAAGCCGACUGUGAUGGACGUUAAAGGUAACGGCGAUUAUCGCUUUGCUAUUAUCGUUGCUCCAGCUCGUGUGAGCUUGGAAUUUCGGUCCAUUUUCCGUUGGAUUUCCGGUAAAGUCUUGUCGGAAAAAGCUCGAAUUCGGAUUCCAGGAUCUAAUCGACGAUUAUUUCUUUGAGAGAGGUAAUCGGAAUUCUUUGUUGCUUCACCAAAGAAUUCAACAUGGUAGUUGACGAGUCCUUCAGUAGGUUAAGAGACCCUGGGGAGCUCUGAAGGUGACAAAUUGUCAAAGGCCGUGACUAUAAUAGAGAAGUCCAUGUCUGAGGGAUUUGAUUCAGAAUGUUUUAAUUCGACAACGACGAAUUUAGAGAGUUCACUGUUGGGGAUAAGCAACUUCAAACCUGAAUCUCAUGUCGCACAGCAAAGCCGUCGUGACAAGCUGAGAGUUCAGCACAACGGUUCCCAAAGCCACCAUACACAAGAUUUCUCCCAUCCUUUGGUGCAAUUACCCAGAGACGCCGGACUCAACCCAGAUCUGAUUCAGGCUCGGAACGUUAGAAACUGCGGUCUGCUAUAUGAUCCGACAAUCGUUUCCUCAGAAAUGCUCAACUUCUCAAUGAGCAACCACUGUUUGUUAACUCACAAGGAUUCACUACUGCACGAAGGAUCAGGUGCGGAUCAAUCUUGUAGGCCGGUAGGGACUGACGGUUCUUCUUUUGUUAAUUCUUCCAACCCAACUUCAUCCAACUUUAAUCCUUUGGCUAAACCCGGAGAUACCCCCAAUCCUAUGUAUUGGAAGGGCCUUGGGUCACAGCAGAGCUGUGAUUGGAUUGUGAGUUAUGUGAAUGGAUCCACAAGUAAUGCAUGCAAUCAGACCACCUCACUUGGUGGGGCAGUUAUUUCCGGCAUGGUGAAGGAUAACAGCGGUUCUGCAUCUACCCUCUAUUUGAAGCCUGGUCAUGGUGGGUACCCAGAUGUCCAAUCUUCUUUGACCAACCGAUCCACUGAAUUAUCCAGUCAAAAUAGCCAAAAGCAGUAUGAAUCAAUGCAGUACAGUUCUCCCCCGUUUUACCAAAAUACCCUUCAGGAGGUCGUGACAUCUUCCAAUAUUGAGAACCAAGGUUUUGAAAUGGCUUCUUUUGUGCAGCAAGGUGUUCGGGAAACUGGUUCAUGGGUGGAUGGUGGAAAUGAGCUCGCUCUUUUGCCGGUUUUCGGUAGUCAGGCCAGUGCAUCAAGGCUUAACAUUGCCGGUGCUUGGGCGCAUAGGCCGGUAGAUGGUAGUCAUCAGUGGAAUUCUGAUCUGGGUUUCGGAAUAAACAAGAGUAGUGAAGGAAACUUGGAGACCAUUGGUAGCGAUUCUACGUUGCAAGGUCUAUCAUUGUCGCUUUCCUCUCACCAGCCUUCCGAAUUGCAUGCAGCUCAGUUUGGGGAAAGAUUUCGGUCUGGAAGUUUACAACCCAGAACUGGCAUUUUCAAUGGUUCUCAAGAUUCGAGGAGUAAUACUUCCGCUUAUUCCAAACCAUUGAUUGGUAAUAAAGGUUAUGUAAAUAGUAUUCAAGGCAUUAUGAACUCUUCUGCAUAUGAACGUCGAAGUUCAGGUCCCCUCGGGCCCUUCACUGGGUAUGCAACAAUUUUGAAGAGCUCAAAGUUCUUGAAGCCUGCCCAACAGCUACUGGAUGAAUUUUGCAGUGUGACUGGUCCGAAGCUUGUCAAAACUUCUGAGCCGUCUGAGAAGGAGUUGGGAGAUAUAAGCAUGCCAUGUGAUACUGGUGAUGCUGGAAAUGAGACUAGUGUGACUGUGAGGGGUGGCAACACUGGUGGCUCCUCUUCUUCAUUCUAUAGUUCCAUUGAGGCUAGUGGUGAAGCUGCAGUUGGAAGUGGAUUUUAUAAAUCGUAUCAUCCUGAGUUCCAAAGAAGGAAGGCAAAGCUCUUGUACAUGCAGGAGGAGGUAUGCAGAAGAUACAAGCAAUACCAGGAGCAGAUGCAGAUGGUGGUAUCAUCGUUUGAAUCAGUAGCUGGUCUCAGUGCUGCUACCCCUUUCACCGCAUUGGCUUUGAAGAAUGUCUCUAGGCAUUUCCAUUGCUUGAAGAGUGCCAUCUCAGAUCAGCUGAGACACAUAACAAAGGUUCUGGGAGAGGAUUUGUCAUCUCCCACUAAUGGCACUACUAAUAGUAGAGGUGAUACAGUUGCGCCAAGGAUGAAGUUUAUUAAUCACUGCUUUCAGAAGCCCAAGUCUACUGGAGAUGGUUUGGGCUUCCUAGAACCUCAACAGCAUGUGUGGAGGCCCCAAAGAGGCCUCCCAGAACGUGCUGUUGCUAUUCUCAGAGCAUGGUUAUUUGAUCAUUUUCUUCACCCGUAUCCAACUGACGCAGAUAAACUUAUGUUAGCUACUCAAACUGGCUUAACUCGGAAUCAGGUAUCAAACUGGUUCAUCAAUGCUCGAGUAAGAGUGUGGAAGCCUAUGGUUGAAGAGAUACACAUGCUUGAAACCAAAGGUUCUGCUGAAAUGAACCUGAAUACAGGCAAGAAUGAAGGCCGGCCCGUCAGCAGUGGUGAGAAUGUGCAUGCAGGGGAUGAAUCCUCCCAUAAGCUUAUGAUAGAGGCAUUGUCUGAAAAACAAUCAGAAUGCUCAGGAUCUGGUCCUGUGCUGAACACUGAAAAUGGCAGGAACCCUGAUCAAUGGAAUCAAGGGGAACGGGCAAGAAUACACAGCCAGCUUCCAUCGGGCAUAGACAAUGGAUUGAUAGGUUUCAUGCCAUAUCACCAAAACGGGAUAGACAUGGGGGGUUUAGGAGCUGUCUCCCUUACCCUAGGACUGAGGCACAGCGUCGAGGGUUUACAGCAACACCAGCAACCACAACAACAACAAGAGGAACAUCAUCUAAUGAAGCACUUUGGAGGUCAGAUAAUUCAUGAUUUUGCGGGAUGACCUCGAUUGGACUGGUGGGUUUGCUUUGUUCGGGGGAUAGGAACUUGAGGAUGAACGGGAGCAAAAUUGUUUUCGUUCAUUUCUGUGUUUAUUUGGAUUUGAUGUUUAGGAGGAAGAACAUGGAUUAAUAUAUGCUACCAUAAACAAUUAUUGGACAUGAAGAAGAUGACCACUUGUGGGUAGGGGAGGGAGGGAGAGAGAGAGAGAGGAUUUGUUUGUGCUGUAAUCUGUAAAUGAAUUGAAUGCUGUGAUGGCAGAUGCAAAAGACAUACAAAUGCAAUAGAUAGAUUAAUAGUUCUAUACGCCAA